AUGAACUUUUUUCGAUUUCUUGGGGACUUCUCUCACUUUGUUGCUAUAAUAAUUUUAUUACUAAAAAUAUGGAAAACUCGCUCUUGUGCAGGUAUAUCUGGAAAAUCGCAGAUGGCAUUUGCGGUGGUUUUUAGUGCUCGUUAUUUGGACCUGUUUACAACAUUUAUCUCCGUCUAUAACUCCGUUGCGAAAGUCGUUUUUAUUGUGUCUUCAUACGCUACUAUAUAUCUUAUGUUUUUCAAGUUUCGUGCUACCUACGACAGCAAUCACGACACGUUCCGUCUUGAGCUUCUAGUUAUUUCAUCUGCAAUUCUCGCUCUCAUAAUAAAUCAUCAAUUUUCCAUCUUUGAGAUUCUUUGGACAUUUUCUAUCUACUUGGAGUCUGUUGCCAUUCUUCCUCAGCUUUUCUUAAUCUCCAAAACGGGUGAAGCUGAAACCAUUACCUCGCAUUAUCUGUUUGCCCUUGGGUCUUACAGAGCACUUUAUAUUUUGAAUUGGAUUUAUCGUUACUUGUUUGAAGGUUACUUUGAUUAUAUUGCUGUUGCUGCCGGAGUCGUCCAAACCCUUCUCUACUUGGACUUCUUUUACUUAUACGUUACCAGAGGUUGGUGUCAACGUUGA